AAUGGCUGCCUUUAAAAAUAUCUAAUCAUCUUCGCUUUUCAGCUCAAAAGUUCUCAAUCAUCUUCUUCUUCUUCUGACAGAUUCUUCGCCAUGGCUGCUCAAACACUUGAUGGUAUUGCUUAUGAAGAGGAAUAUAUAUUGAACACACGAGGGUUGAAGCUUUUCACGUGCAAAUGGGUUCCAAAGAAUCAGGAACCAAAGGGUUUGAUCUUCAUCUGUCAUGGCUACGCAAUGGAAUGCAGCAUCACCAUGAACAGCACCGCAGUUCGUCUGGCAAAGGCAGGUUUUGCAGUUCAUGGGAUCGAUUACGAAGGCCAUGGAAAGUCAGACGGCUUACAAGGCUAUAUUACAAGCUUUGAUCAUGUAGUGGAUGAUUGCUCCAAUCACUUCACAGCCAUUUCUGAAAUGAAAGAGAACAAGAUGAAAAUGAGAUACCUAUUAGGGGAGUCCAUGGGAGGUGCAAUGGCUCUGUUAUUGCACAGAAAGAAACCAGAUUAUUGGGAUGGUGCUGUCUUGGUUGCACCUAUGUGUAAGAUCGCAGAGAAUGUAAAGCCAAGCCCAAUAGUUGUAAGUAUAUUGACAAAGCUUUGCAAUUUGAUACCCACAUGGAAGAUAAUCCCAACCCAAGAUAUCAUUGAUGUUGCCUUCAAAGCUCCUGAGAUCCGACGUCAGAUAAGAACCAAUCCUUACUGCUAUAAAGGACGGCCUCGCUUGAACACUGGCCAUGAACUUCUCAGAAUCAGCUUAGAUCUCGAGCAACGACUCGAAGAGGUUUCGAUUCCAUUCAUGAUUCUCCAUGGGGAGGCCGAUCGAGUGACCGAUAUAUCGGUGAGUGAGCAACUCCACAGGAAGGCGUCAAGCUGGGACAAGAGCUUGAAGAAAUAUCCAGAGAUGUGGCAUGGAUUGCUGUAUGGAGAGACAGUUGAAAACAUCGAUAUUGUGUUUGCAGACAUAAUUGGUUGGUUGGAUGAAAGAUGUGCUCUGGGAAAUUCAAGGAUAGAACAACAGCUCAAGACUGAAUGUGAUGAUCUUCAAACCAAAUGAUUUAUAAAUGUUUUUUGUUGUGUAUAUGUUGUUUCAUAUCGAGGCAAAGUUCUUGUUUCUA